AGACAUCGGCACUAUCACGAAAAAAUUUGGCCUUCGUUCUGUCUAUAUGCGAUAGAAUGUUUGACAAAGCUUUGCAAGCUUUAAUAAAAUUUGGUACAGCCGCUGAUACCUUUUCAGAUCGACUAAAUUCAAAAUACACUUCAGCAUUACUAGUUUUAUUUUGUGUGCUAGUUUCGACGAAACAAUAUGUGGGAGAGCCUAUUAGCUGCUGGUGCCCAGCAAAUUAUGCCAGUACUCAUAUAGAUUUUGCAAAUAAAGUUUGUUGGGUUACAAAUACGUAUUAUUUUUCCUUCAAUGAUACAAAACUGCUGACGAGAAAAUCAAAACCCCUUAAAUAUAUAAAUUAUUAUCAAUGGGUUCCUCUUAUUUUAAUUGCUCAAGCAAUCUUAUUCAUCGUACCUCGAGUAUUUUGGAAAUCUUUAAAUACAAGAAAAGGCAUUUCUAUUAUGUCACUUGUUGACUCUAUUUACGAACUUCAAAAGCCUGGAGCUAUUGAUCCCGUUAAAAGGAGAGAAGUUAUGAACUAUGCUGUCAAGCAUUUUACAAGAUUUUUAAUUGACGUAGAUAGGAAAAAACAAAUAGCUGCAAUAAGAAAUUCUUUCUCGGUCUCUGCAAGAUCAUGCUACUUGUCGAUCUUAUUUAUAACAACAAAGAUUAUGUACUUUACAAAUGCUUUUGGUCAACUGUUUCUUUUAAAUUUACUUUUCACGAUGAAAACCAGAUAUAAAGUAUUCGGUAUACAAGUAUGGAGAGAAUUGGACGAAGAUAUAUGGACAACAGCUAUAUAUUUCCCUCGGGUUACAAUGUGUGAUUUUAAAGUAAGGCGUUUGGGAUCUGUUCAUAAAGAAACCCUUCAAUGCGCUUUAACAGUUAACCUCUUUAAUGAAAAGGUAUAUAUAUUUAUAUGGUUUUGGUUUGUUAUAGUCUCUACUGUUAGUUUCCUAAGCUUGUUAAAAUGGAUUAUGCUUAUCGCUAUUGAAAGAUUUAGUGUGCGAUACGUUGGUGACCGUCUGAUGGCAAUGAAAUUAAUUUGGAACCUAGACUAUGACCAUUCGUCUAAUAAUGUUAACAUAACUGAAGAGAAUUUUGAACAACAACUUGACAAUAUUCCUGAGGAGACACUUGUCAGGAAUUUCGUAGUAAAUUUUUUGAGAAGAGAUGGUAUUCUAAUUUUACGGCUAUUAAGCGAGCACGCGACAGAUUUAAUAGCUAGUGAAGCAAUAGUCUCUUUGUUUGAGUUAUACAAGCAAACUAGAAGUCUGUACAGACUAUCUACUGAGGAACAGUCGACCAUUAGUCGACUUCGAAAAUAUGAAAAAGGGUCAAAGAAGAAAUUGAAAGUUUGACGUUUUCUUGUUUAUACUUUUUAAUUUUACAAACAAAUAUAUUUCUUAUAUUUAGAUAGUUA